GCAUGUCUCUUCUGGCCGCUCACCGGAUGUCGCAUCCACGCUGUUAUCCGGUGAACAGAGAGGAAAGUCACGAUGUCUGUUCAGACAACGAACCCAAUCAACCCGAUUGUCUUCUUCGACAUCACCGUCGGUGGGCAGGAUAUCGGACGGAUGAAGAUCGAGCUGUUUGCCGAUGUGGUUCCAAAGACGGCAGAGAAUUUCCGGCAGUUCUGCACCGGAGAGUUCAGGAAGGAUGGAGUCCCCAUCGGUUUCAAAGGUUGCACAUUCCACAGGGUGAUUAAAGACUUUAUGAUACAAGGAGGGGACUUUGUGAAUGGUGAUGGGACUGGUAUCUGCAGCAUCUACAGAGGUCCAUUUGUAGACGAAAACUUCCGAAUGAAGCACUCGGCCCCCGGCCUUCUGUCCAUGGCAAACAGUGGGCCAGGGACAAAUGGUUGUCAGUUUUUCAUUACCUGCACCAAAUGUGACUGGUUAGAUGGGAAGCAUGUUGUUUUUGGAAAAGUGGUUGAUGGUCUGCUGAUCAUGAGGAAAAUUGAGAAUGUUCCUACGGGUCCCAACAACAAGCCCAAGCUCCCUAUCCUGAUUGCACAGUGUGGAGAGAUGUGAUCCAGCUUUCUCAGAACACCACGCCUGAGUUAUACAACUUCUGUAUACAUGGAGUAGUGUUUCAGUCACUUGAUACUCCUCAGCAGACAUCAACCUACAGAUAUCUUCCUGUGUGGAUGCCUUUUUCCAUGAUGAACAUUGAAGGACAGUAUAAAGUUCAACAGUACAUCAUUUAGGGCAAUUAUCUUGAGUUUGGUAAAACUGAUUCCAGGUCAACUGCUGAAUCCAGAUAGGCUGAUUCACAUGUCAGGUGGGUAUUAGGACUGACAAGAUGUGCUUAAAAUAUUGGUUCAAAUUUUAUUUUUGCAGAAGGUCAUGUUCAACACUGUUUUUGGGUCCAAGUGAAGACAACUUAUGCUUCCUAUUAUAAAAAGACAAAUAAGAAAUUGUGACUUGUUGAAGCUUCAAGAAAGGAUUGCUUGACAUGUUAAACAUUCUAAUUCCUGUUUCAGUCAAACUGUUCAUUGAUGAUUAAUAAAUUGUUUUACUUU